AUGGCCAAAGAGUAUGCGCCCAAAGUACCAAAACCGACCGCGGACUACGUACGGCGACAGCGCGAGCUGUCGCGCGCAUCAUCCCAGUCCCCAUCCGAGCCGUUGGCAAUGCACCGCUAUGACAGCGCCGAUGCAGGCAAGUCCGCCCGGGCUGAGUUGGGCUACGGUGCCUUCCGUGCGCAUCCCGUGGACUGGGAGUCGCCGCCGUGGUACAAGGUCCCCUACGAGUGCGUGUACGACGGACUCUACUCCGGCUGCUGUGCGUGGCGCUACUCGUGCGCAUCGAUGUGCUGCAAAAACGAGGACGCGGACUGGUGGGGCAGCAUCGUUGAGCCGCACCAGUCGCACUACGCCCGCUUCAGCGCGUGGUACCUGUCCGAGAGGCCCGGGACCGGCCUUCUUUGCUGCAAGGGCGUGCCGUGCGUCCGCCCUUUCGGCGAUGUGACCUACUGCUCACCGUACAACAGUUGCGACUGCUGCGCCACAUGGUGCGCCUACGUCCCAGGCUUUUGUUAUAUGACGUGGGGUACCAAGUUCUUCGGCGACGCCCGCGUAGCGUACGCCACGCUGCCCGCCUAUAACGGCGGCCACAGCUUCUUUAUGAGCAACAAGGUCUGCAUCGCCGACGCCGCGUACGUGGAGAAGCUCACCACCGGACCGCAGGACCGAGGCAACUUCCUCGGAGAGAAGCCGAUGUACGGAUUCCUGCCCACCUCGGACAGGUCCGAAGCCUCGGUCUGCAGCUUCGCCCGCACCUCCUGCUUCAUGGGCGACAAUGACGUCAUCUUCCCACUCUCCAAGCCGAAUGGGAAGUGCCCAAUGAACUUCGGCCACCACCGCGCAUUCCGGGCGCAGUUCUCCAAGUACAUCGCCAACGACGAGGCGCUGAAGCGUGGCAGCCUCGACGACCCGGCAACGCGCUUUCGCAGAUCGGACCCGUCGCGCGAGGAGGGUUGGGCGGAGAAUGUCCUCCCCAAGAAAGGCUACGCGACGAAGAAGCUCAACGAGGCGCGCGAGGAGCUUCUCGUGCGGGCGCUCUUCUACGUGCUAUUCGGGAUCGACUUUGGUGACACGGUCCCGGCAUGGGCAUCGUGGGCGGCGGGCAAAGCCGCGGUGCUGCAGUAUCUGGCCCCGAUGAAGAUGGGCGCUGCACACAUGAAGGCGAUGUACGCGGCGAUGGCUGAGUCGCCCGCGCUGAGGGAGUACGUGGUGGACACCGAGUUUCCAAACUGCCCGUCCAAGGACGAGUUCAUUCGGCAGGUCGCCUCGGUCACGAUCAUCGCCGCCCUCGUGGGCAACUCACACGUCACCUAUUUCGCUCUCGGCGGCGGCGAGCUCAACCCGCUCAGCGAGGACCGCUCGCCGCCCGCCGACUUUGCGAUGCCUUGGGACGACCGCGAGAAGCUGCGGCUGGUCGUGCUCGAGAACGUGCGGCGCAACCCCGCCGUCUAUGAGACGGUAAUGAAGCUCGCAGAGCCGACCAAGCUGCCCACUGCGGGCGGCCUGCGCGAGUUUCCCGCGGGCACCCCGACGCUUCUCUCGUACGUGAACGCAAACAUGGACCCGAACAUGUGGGGCGACGACGUGAAGGAGUUCAAGCCGUAUGAGCGCGCGGCGAUGCUGUGGGGGCCCGAGGCGAAGCUCUUUAGCUUCAACUCGUGCGGCGACAGGGGUGACCGCAGGUGCCCCGGCCGCGAAGUCGCCCUCCAGCUUGCGGUGAACCUGUUGCAGGAAUGCUAUCGGCCGACAUCUACUCGCACCGUGUGA